AUGACCUUACGUCACAUGUUUCGAAGCAGUGAGCUCAUAACGUUGAUCAGUCGAUUGGGACACUGUGAGAAUUAUUCUUUUUCAGCAGAACUAGAAACCGCGCUUGCAAUAAUGGUAGAAAAAUCUUCCUAUCUGCUGACAAAUCAGAUAGUUACUAAUCCACCCGAGAAUUCUCUGUUCCAUAGUGACUUUGACAACUUCGAUCAAUUUACAACGGCUGGCUCGGUCCACACUGCACAUGGGAUAAUGCUACAAGAAGUCGGUGACCAAGGUGAUAUCUCAGCUGAAACCAGAGAACGAUCAUCCCUCCAGCGAACAAAACAGAGGUCGUUGGACAUAAGUUUUAGCAGUAGUGAGAUGCCAGAGUGCUAUAUCACCAAGCGAAGAAGCCCUUCCUUCACCAUUACGGAAUGGACAUGUCCAUCAGGACCUGAUGCUGUACAGCAAGCCUCCAGGAAGAAUGUACUGUGGUUGUUCAGCAGAUGGAUAAGCAGCAACGUUGAUCAAGAGGUUUCAAGCUGGGCUGGUUUUGUAUCCCUCACCGGUGAAUUUCCACAACAGACAACCACAGUUGACUACUAUCCUGUAAUUAACCAUCCUAUUACAGACUACAAGACAGUUCUACAGUGUCUCCUCAACUCUGAAGCAGCAACAAGGGAGGUUGGUCAGGAAUAUGUCAUCACUACAUUCGACCUAGGUGUCUGCAUGAAGGCUUAUCCCAUUAUAUGGAGUGAUCCAUCUCGUUACAGCAAGCAUAUUGUCAUGAUGGGAUCAUUUCACAUUGUUUGUGGCUACCUCAGGAUGCUUGGCAAGAAGAUGAGUGGUAGUGGGUUGGAUGAUAUAUUUAUAGAAGGUGGUCUCCUCACAUCUGGCUCUAUGCAAGGAGUGAUGAAUGGGAAGAACUACAGCAGAAGUAUGGUAUGUCACAAGACAAUGCUUAAGGCGCCUGAGCGGCUCUUGAUGACCGAGUUCCUCAAAAAAAGUGAAAAAGGAGACCUAUGCACUUCACAUGGAGAAAAAGUAUCUUAAGGGAGUUGAUUGAAUC